CAAUCUUGCCGCCAAUUUUAAGCAAAUUUUUUCAUUACCAAAAACCUUAUCCUCUUUCAAUGGCCACAUCCAUGGCGUCCGUCUUUGCUUCACGCAGUGAAGACGAAAUGUAAGAGCCGAGCCGACUGUGUUUCAAUUUCAGAGACAAAUCCUAAUGGCCGCCAUUACCGGAUCGCUCAACCUUCCUCUUGCGCCUUCAAAGCUUCCAUCACUUCACAUUACGAGAAAGUAUAAGUUAUCGAUCCAAUCAAAAAGCCACAAAAGGAACUAUUUCUCACUUUUGAGACCAAGCCUUUACCAAAACCAAACUCGCACGAACCACACCUUGAUUGUAAACGCGACAUUGAGAAGUCCAAAAGGAUUCGGACCAGCUCCAAGGAAGAAAAAGAAGAAGAAGAAGAAAACAGAAGGAGGAGGAGACGGAGAAGAAGAAAGUGAGGAUGAGGAAGAUGAGGAAGAAGAGGAGGAAGAUCGUGGUGUGAUACCAGAAGUAGUGACGAACAGGAUGAUCAGUAGGAUGGGAUUUUCAGUGGGGAUUCCAUUGUUGAUAGGACUUUUGUUCUUCCCAUUCUUCUAUUACCUGAAAGUUGUGCUGAAAAUCGAUGUGCCCUCAUGGGUGCCAGUCAUAGUAUCCUUCUUCUUCUUUGGUUCUGCUCUCUUGGGAGUGAGCUAUGGCAUUGUGUCCUCUAGUUGGGAUCCCAUGAGGGAAGGUUCUCUUUUGGGUUGGAAUGAAGCUCAGAAAAAUUGGCCUGUUUUUUGGCAGUCCAUUUGGAGUGGUGGAUCUAAUAAGAAAUAAAUGAUUUCUCUUUUUAAUGAGAAAUAUUAUAUUUUUUCUUCCUAUAAAUGUUAUUUGAGAAGGAAACUUAUUACAGUUGUUGAAUUAGUUUUUUGUUUUGUU